AUGACGCGAACGAUAAAACUGUCAGACGGAAAGUUGAUCCCAGCCGUAGGAUGGGGUAACGGGACUGGAGGUUUGUUUGGGAACCAAGAAGAUUCCAUAACCAGUGGUAUAGAGGCUUUGAAAGCGGGAUCACGUCAUAUUGAUUCAGCUCAAGCUUAUCAAACUGAAGAAGCUGCUGCUUCUGCCAUUAAACAAUCAGGUUUAAAGAGAGAAGAUAUAUGGGUAACUACUAAGAUCUCUAAGACUGAUCUCGUACCUACUGCCGAUGUGAUUCGUCCCAUCGUGCUGGAACGGAUUGAAAAGCUCGGCUCAAAACCCAACCUUCUAUUGAUUCACUUCCCCACCGUCCCAGCACCUGGGAAAAUUGGAGCGUUCUGGACGGUCCUCGAAGAUCUUGUGUAUGAUGGUACACUUGAGGGAGUCAGUUUAGGUGUUAGCAAUUUCCGACCCCAGGAUUUGGAAGAUGUCAUCAAAGUUGCUAGGAUCAAGCCUGUCGUCAAUCAACUUGAAUAUCAUCCAUAUGUUUUGUCACAUCUUCAACCUGUCCUUGAGCUUGGUGAAAAGCACGGAAUCGUCACUGAGUCCUAUGGUCUUUUGACCCCACUUCUUCGUCAUCCAACAGGCGGUCCAAUCAAACCUAUUUUGGAAAGAGUCGCCGCUCGUUUAUCUAAAGAAACAGGAAAAGACAUUGAUGUCGCCACUGCUCUUCUGUUAUGGUGUCUCCAGAAAAACGUAGUAGCCGUCACUUCAUCCAAGAAUCCUGUCAAUCUACGUAAACAGGUGGAAGCGGAAAGCUUGCCUCCUUUGAUGGACGAAGAAGUCAAAGAGAUCGAUGAAGCAGGAAAGAAAGUUCAUUUCAGGCAUUACACCAUGCAUAUGACCAAAGAUUUUUCCAAUCCUGAUCUUCCCGAAGACCUGUGA